AUGCCCCAUGUGGAUUCCUUGAGUCGUUACCCAGUGUGCAUGUCCAUCCAGAGAAGUGAGUUCCUGUUACGGUUGGUAGCCGCACAACAAGGCGACCCUGAUAUUCGGACUAUCAUGAAUGCACCAGUGGCUGGGAAAUAUGUAAUCAAGAGUGGCAUUCUACACGAAGUAUGUGAUGGUAACGACUUACCAGUGAUUCCCAGGAACAUGCAGACUGAGGUUAUUAGGAAUGCCCAUAACGUAGGCCAUUUUGGAGUCACCAAAACUGAAAUGUUAGUACGUCGUGAAUACUCAAUUGUUGGGUUAAAGGGGAAAAUUGAAUCUGUAAUUAGAAAUUGUGUCGCGUGUAUCUUAAUGAAUAGAAAGCAAGGCAGGCAGGAAGGUUUCCUUCACCCUAUUGAUAAGGGAGAUGCACCGCUGAUGACCUGGCACCUUGAUUUUUUAGGACCAAUGGAGGCAACGUCAAAAGGGUAUAAGCAUAUAUUGGCUGUAAUAGAUGGGUUAUCAAAAUUUUGCUGGCUAUUCCCUACAAAGAGCACUGCAGCGUCGGAGGUUAUUGAUCGUUUGUCACAGUUGGAGGUGACAUUUGGUAAUCCUGAACGUAUUGUGUCUGAUCGUGGAACAGCGUUCACAUCAAACAAUUUCGAGCAGUAUUGCAAAGACCGGAAUAUUAGACAUAUAUUAAUUACCACAGGCAUGCCCCGUGGAAACGGACAGGUUGAACGACUCAAUGCUAUAAUUAUUAAUGUGUUGGCCAAGAUGUGUAUCGACCAACCAGGAAAGUGGUAUCGACAAGUGGGAAAAGUGCAGAUGGCAAUAAACGGAUCAGUGCAGAGGUCUAUAGGCAUGACUCCAUUCAAGCUAACUUUUGGUGUGGAGAUGCGUCAUGCUGACUUUGCGUCACUAAGGGAAGCUAUAGAGGAAGAGUACAUACAUUGGUAUGAAAGUCAACGAGAAGAGGACCGUCAGCGAGCCAAGGAUCAAAUUGCCAAGGCCCAAGAAGAGCAACGCAAGACCUUCAACAAACGUAGGAAGGAAUCUGAGUCAUAUUGUAUAGGUGAUUUGGUAGCUAUCCGUAGAACACAGUUCCUACCAAUGUCUAAGCUUGCAAGAAAAUAUCUGGGACCCUAUCGUAUCGUCGGCAGAAGGGGCCCAAAUCGUUUUGAAGUGUGGAGAGUAGGCGACGGUGAAGGACCAAACAAGACAUCCACUGGUACUGACUUCAUGAAGCCCUGGUGUCCAACAAUCAAUCAUGAGGAAGAAGAUGCAGCCGAGGCGGAUGCUGUUCAGUCUGGGGAAGAUGUGGGGUUGAGUUGCCCACUAGAGAGAGGGUCGGUUCCUGAUACAGCUAAGGUGGUGGGGAAGAGCUAG